UGGCUUCACGUCAACACCGCGAGCCUUUCACACAGUGGGCCCAGGCCCACCCGCCUCCUAGCCCAUCACAAAUCGCAAUGGCACGUCCGGAGGGUUCAAGCACCUUAUCAGAGCCCAAUUCACGCUCUGAAAAAAUGGGUGCUGCUCGAUCUCGGUUGCCUCACAUCUAUACGCCAGCCUGUUCUACGGCUCCUUAACGAGCAGCCCCCUAAUAAGAUCCCGGGAAGCAAAACUGACGGUGGGAGCUGCCGAGAACUUCAGCGGCUGCCCGACCACAUUGAAAAGGGUCCUUAUGUCCUCGGCAAAACACAUUCGAUUAGACGCGAAAGCUUUUCCAACAAUACCCUCUCCUUUGAGCAAGUGGUAACCAGAACACGCCUCGUGAAAGCCCAUAACAUUUUCAUCUGCAAUAUAGCAGGCCGAGUCGAGUAUUGA